CAGCUGUAGAGCACGUGACCCACAGGCACAUUUGUUUACUUUUGAGAUCUUUGCAAUCUUUGCAUUUAUCGUUGAAUUUGGGCUUCAAUUGGUGCUUUUGAAGAAAAUUUUAAAUCAUGGAUACGUCUGUUAGCACUCCUAAAACUCCAUCGACGCCCAAUUCUAAAAAGGUUUUUUCUCCUGUCACAGUGGCCAGCAGUCCAGUUAGCAAAAUUUGUCAAAAAGGAAACUUGACCGGCUUACCCCGAAACGUCCGAGAUUUGAUUGCAGAAUUCUACUCGUUGCUCCAGUCUUGGGAAAGCCACCACCUAGAAGGAACAGUCGUGAUCACAAAAAUUACAUCACUUAAUUUAUUCGAAGGCUCCAAAAGAGACUACAAUUUGGACGGAAAGCUCCAAGCGUUCUGUGAUUUGUUAGAACAAGUUUAUUUGGAACUGAACAAAGUUGUCCAGAUGAUGACCAGAGUGAAGAGAGAGUUAGAAGUUAUGUCAAAUUUAGCAGAUGUCAGACAGAAAAAUUAUGAUUUACCAGAGAGUCCUAUGUUUUUGACUUGGCCCUUCUCAAAAUUUGUGGAAACUGUGGCCUUUAUAACAAAUUACUAUCAGCAAGAAGUUGACGUAAGAAGAAUGGUGGUGGAAAAAGUUGGGCUGAGCCAAGACUUGAGCGAAUAUUAUUUUUAUGAAGCUUGUUGGACACAACAGCCGAUGUUAUUCCAAGAUGUUAUUACUUUAAAAAUAGAGGCAGCUUUGUUAGAGACGGGAUUAAGAUAAAUAUCAAAAUAUUGAAAAAAAACAUUCAAACAUUGAGUUUUAAUAUUUUCAAUCAAAGUCAUGUUUAAUUGUGAUACAAAAUUUGUUUUGAGUUUGAUGUGUCAUUUUGUCCAAAAAAUUUUAAAAUAACUAUCAAUGUUAUAAACGACAAAAAAAUUUUAAUUUUUCCUAAAUUAUGUUAAAGAGUACUUGGUAUUUAAAAUCAAAUCAUUUUGAAAACAUGACCGCGCGUGUAAAAAAAGCAAAACACGAAGGAAUUAGUUUUUUUGUUCGUCAAAUUCAAAAUAAUCGUUGUAAAAAUGAU